UUGGUCUUCAAUACUAGUAUAUACGCUACAACAUGAAAAACGUGUUUGUUCUUUUGGUGGCUGUCCUGGUAGCUACAGUCGCUGCUAAAAAGGGAUGGAAACUUCGAGAGCGACAACGAUGCAAAUAUGAUAAAAGUGCAUGGAGUGACUGUGACACAGCAACAAAUACCGUCAGCCGAGUUUUGACUCUAAAAUCCGGCGAGGAAGGAUGCCAAGAGACACAGAACCAAACUAUAACAUGUGAUAGGUUUGAAAGACUACAAGCAUGGAAAGUAAAAAAGGCGGAAAGUAGAAGAGAAUGGCAGGAAAAGAAACAACAAAGAAAAGAACAAAAACAAGAGAUGAAAGAGAAUAAACAGCUUGUAAAAAUGCAACUUAAAAGAUGCCGGUAUGACCACAGUGACUGGAGUGAGUGCGAUAUAGCAACAAAUACAGUAACCCGAAAUUUUACUUUGAGUGAAGGCGAACAGGGUUGUGAACAAACGCACACUAUCACCAUAACUUGUGAUAAACUUAACAGAAUACAGGCAUGGAAAGCAAAGAAAGUGGACCGUAAACAGAAAAGAAAGAAUGAAAAAUUGCAAAUGAAGCAAGAGAGAAAAGAAAAAAGAAAGCUUGUAAAAGAACAAAGACUUAAAUGCAAAUACGACAAGGAAAACUGGAGUGAUUGUGAUAAUACAACAAACACAGUAAACCGAGUUCUGACAUUAAAGGACGGAGAAGAAGAAGAAUGCGAACCAACAAUAAUUGUCACCAUUUCAUGUACAAAGUUUGAGCGUAUUCAACAGUGGAAAGCAAAAAAAAUGGAGCGCAAAAAUGAAAAGAAGGAGAAUAAAAUGUUAAUUAGAGAACAGAAAAAUAUUUGGAAAGAUAAUAAAAAGAUAGUCAAGGAACAGCGUAGACUCGGAUGCAGCUUUGAUGUUACCUUCAGCGAAUGUGAUCCUACAACGAACAUGGUUACAAAAUCAUACAUACCAACAAUAGAUGACGACGAUUCAUGUGAAAAUAGGUCAUUUGAAUAUUCAUGUGAUUUGCAUGAAAGAUUAAUGGAAAAGAAGAAAAAACGUCAGGACAAAAGAGCUAAUAGAAAAAAUAAUAGGAAGGAGUUUAGACAACAGAGGCUUCUGAUCUAAACUAAACAUUUUUGAAGUAUGAUCAAGAAUAAAUCCACGUUUCAUCAUGUAUAAUGUAUUAAGACUGAGAAAAAUAGUUAGUUCAAUCCUGCGUCAAAUUGUUUUCUAAACAUAUUAAAGUGACACAGAACAGUUUGAUAGGUAGUUUGGUGGUUCAGUGAUAUCAAUUGAGAAAUUAGGCUGAUAUGGAAGUGAUCGCAAAUGUAAAUAUAAUAGAUGAAUAUAUAUAUAAUAUAUAUAUAUAUAUAUAAACAUUCCAAAAAUUUAUUAGAAUUGUGGUUCCUUUUCAGCUUUAAUGGUAGACUUUUUUAAGACUUUAGAAACCAAAGACGACACUCGUUUCUGUUGCAUUUUUAUUAAAUCACGACUUACUUUUUAAUAAAUAUUGUACAAAACAUAAUUUCUGUGAAUGUUAAUUUUUCUAUCGCAGUUGUCGGAUUUAUACGCAAUAGUUUUGUUGCCGUAGUCUCGUAAUAGAAGCUGAUGAUCUGAAUCGAACUUCUAAAUAUACAUACGUCAUUUUCACUCUGAACUCGCACAUAAUUCGAAAUAAGAUACUUUAAAUUUUAAAGAUGAUACAAUGAAACAACCAUUUCAUGAUAAAAUUGAAAAUAAUAUGUGUUCACAAGAACUAAAUACAAUAACUACUGCAAAAUUAUGAAAUCAAUAAAUAAGAAAAUAGAAAACUAUAUUGUUUAUCAUAACUUACCUAUUCUUUUUCACAGUUUUUAUUGUAAAGGAUACCAAAUACCAAUAGAUCUUUUCUACUUUUAUAUCAAAACCUGAAGGUACACAGAUUUCGGUCCAAUAGCAAAAUUUGAACUCAAAGGUUUCAAUAUAAAGUUAACAGACCAAAACAAAAUACUUCAUGGACCACUAACAUAAAUUCGGAUCAUAUAUUAACUGGUAUCACACGACAUAUUUUCGCAAUCUUGAUGUUCAAUUUUUAUUUACCUUGAUUUGUUUCUUCUAAGCUGCUUUUUUAGAUUUAAAAAUCGGCAAACUACUAUUGCUAAAAUUAUGUCUGGUUUUACUAUAGUUGAGAUCUCACUAAACAUGUUCAACCCCGCCGCAUUUUUGCGCCUGUCCCAAGUCAGGAGCCUCUGGCCUUUGUUAGUCUUGUAUGUUUUUUUUAAUUUUAAUUCAUUUGUAUGUUUCGAAGUUUAGUGUGAUGUCCAUUUUCACUGAACUAGUACACAUUUUUGUUUAGGGGCCAGCUGAAGCCCGCCUCAGGAUGCGGAAUUUUCUCUCUGUUUUGAAGACCCAUUGGUGGCCUUGGGCUGUUUUCUGCUCUUUAGUCCGGUUAUGUCUCUUUGACACAUUCCUCAUUGAUUUCCCAUUCUCAAUUUUAGAAUGGUUCUGAUCUGUAAAGUUACCGAUAGUGUUCAAUUGUUAAUAGUGACAUUAAAACUGAGUGUGGAUUCGCAUGACGGGUGAUACAUGCAUGCCAAGAGACACUUACCCUGUCUACGAAACCUGUCUCGUUCCUUUUUGAGUUCAUGCGGUUCCCUCAUUUUUUGUUUUUACCUUCCUGUGUAUCUUCUUAUUAGAUUUAUAAGAUUUUAACAUCGGUAAACAACUGUGGCCUCUAAUCGAUCUCUUAGCUGCCACAUCAUUUAUGUUAUGGAAUGUCCUUGUUUCAAAAAGUAUUUACCGAAAGUCUAUUCCUAGAGGCCAGAUUAAUUUUAUUAAACUAACAAAGACCUAGAAAAAAAUGAAAACAAUACUUUAUAAAUGUUAUGCGCCCGAAGCGCUUUUCUAGAUUUACCGUUACCAGGAACGCCCAAAAAUCAGUACUUGAAAACCAAAGAUGUGUAAGAACCGAAACAGUUGAUGAGCUAUAUAAACAAAAUAGGCCGAUGACCAAAGUCGGAAUUUUCAAAUUUUAAUCGUCAAAAAUACCACAUGGCUAUAUCAUAUAUCAUUUGAUUCGAAAAUGUGUGUACUUUAAAAUAAAUUUGGUCGUCAAAAGAAAAUAUGGUGCAGUUUUUUAGAAAUCAAGUCACUUAUCGUUUUCAAGGGAAAACAAAAUUGAAUAUCUAAUUCCAAUCUAAAUACCCUUAUUGCAGUAGAAUGAUUGCAAACUUGAAUCUAUUUUCUUUCUUAUUCAAUUUUUAAUCAAAAAAGUGGAAACCCAUCAUUAAAUGAGUUUGCCGAGUAAACGUAUGCGAUUGUACAAAAAGGGGGAUGGCUUUCAUAUUAAAAAGAUGUAUUUUUUUCAAAAAAUAAGAACAACGGCCGUCAAAACUACACAAAAAGUAUAGACAUGUAUAAAUAAAUAUGUAUUUGUUAAUAUAACUAUCUAUUAUACCUCAAUGAAUGUGGAAAAUUGAGUUUUGGGCAUAUAGGUUGAAUUCGAUACAUGCAAAACUGACAACAAAAAUUAUUUCAAAACAGACUUAUAAUGGAGUUUAAACAAUGUCAUGACGUUUUGUAUGAAAUAAAAUGUAUUAUCUCAGAUGGUGCCAUUAAAACAAAAUACAUAUAUGGUUUGGCGAUAUCUGGCCACAGCUUUUAUUCAUAAUAUAGAUUCAUAUGAUAUAUAUAUAUAUAUAUAGAUAGAUAGAUGUAUAUGUAUAUGUAGAUAGAUAUAUGGUUGGUUACCCAAAGAUAAUAUGGCAACCUUGCAAAUAGAUAGAUAGAUAUAUAUGAAAAUGUAAAGAUGCACCGUGGGAUACACUGGUGCUUUAAAUUUAGAAAACACCGUGGGAUACACAAGUGUAGUCUGUAUUAUCCAAAAACCUAAAAUUUCAUAGUUAACAUUAAGAUUCUAUGCAGCGAAUUCUGCCAUUUACUGGAAAUCUAUUUAUGAUGCUCAAAGUUCAAAUAAAA